AUGGUUGUGGACACUACAUCUAUGACCUGGGAUGAUUUUAAAAAUCGGUUCAACGACAAAUUCUUUCCACUAUCAGUGAGGGAGAAAAAGGCAACUGAGUUCAUGCAGCUGGAACAGAAUAAUGAGAUAUCAAUCAGUGAAUACGAGAGGAAGUUUACAGAGCUAUCCCGAUUCACUCCUCACCUUGUUGCGAAUGAGUUGCACAAGGUUAGAAAGUUUGAGCGAGGGUUGAUCUCUCAUGUGAAGAAGUUUGUGGUGGGUCAUCGUUAUGACACAUAUGCUAAAGUGGUGGAAUGUGCCAUAGCGGUAGAGGAGAAUAAUAACAUUGCAUUCCAGAAACAGAAGGAACGUAAGGCGAAACAGAAAAGUAAGGGGGCUAGCAGCUCUCAACAGAACCAGAGGGGUCAACAGUAA